UGAAUCAUUCAUUUCAAUUGGAAUUGAGUGAAUUAAAACAAGUUCUCGAAUCCGAUCAUAUCAAGGAUCGACACGUUGUCAUCAUUUCAAUCGCUGGUGCAUAUCGACAAGGGAAGAGUUUUCUAUUGAAUUUCUUCAUCAAAUACUUGGAGGCACAGUACAAAAAGCACGACGUUUCUGAUUGGCUGGAAGAAAACAAGACCAAUAGUAAAUUAGAGGGGUUUAAAUGGCGAAGCGGUCGAAAGCGAGAAACGAUGGGUAUUUGGAUGUGGUCCGAUAUUUUUACCCAUGAUUUUCCAAGUGGUGAAAAAAUUGCUAUUCUCCUGCUUGACACGCAAGGCAUUUUUGACGAUCAUAGCAGUUUAAGUGAUAACACGGCAAUAUUUGCGCUCAGUAUGAUGUUGUCGUCUGUUCAGUGUUACAAUUUGAUGCAAAACAUUCGCGAAGAUGAUUUACAACAUUUGGAACUAUUCACCGAAUACGGCCGUCUUGCCCUCGAACAAACAAAUGAAAAACCGUUCCAAAAGCUACUCUUCAUCGUUCGUGACUGGCCAUUCGCAUAUGAAACAGCAUAUGGUAAUGGAAAAAAGGUUGCGGAUGAAGUAUUUGCUGGAAAUUCAGAACAAACACCUGAAAUGCAAGAGUUGAGACGACGAAUCGUAAUGAGUUUUCAACAAAUAGACGCCUUUCUAAUGCCUCAUCCAGGAUUGGCAGUUGCAAAUUCACGAAAUUUUUCGGGCGAACUAAAUCAAAUCUCAGCAGAGUUCAAACAAUACGCUAAGGAAUUGGCUCCAUUACUUUUUGCUCCGGAAAGGUUAAUUGUGAAAAAAAUCAACGGUCAACAAGUUCGCGCUCGCGAUUUUUCACAAUAUUUACAAGCUUAUACGAAUGUAUUCAACGGAGGUUCAUUGCCGGAACCAAAAUCGGUUUUAAUGGCAACAGCUGAAGCAAGCAACACAAUUCUAUACAAUGAUUGCAUGCAAAAGUACAGUGAUGCAAUGGAAACAGCAUUUAAGAAUGCAAAUCCGUUUAUGAGCGAAAAUGAACUUGUGCAACUUCAUGAGCAGACAAAGACUGGUGUAUUGGCACAGUUCUUAGAAAAACCAAAGCUCGGUGGCGAUGAGCUUCGAACAAAAUUCCAGCAAAAAAUUGAAAAUGGCACACAAGAGCGAUAUCAAACAUUCAAAGCCGAAAAUGAAAGAAAACGCAGGGAUUUCAUUGAAAAAGCCAAUUUACACAAUGAAAAAAUCAGCGGUGAAAUUGUUGGAGCCGUUAAGCGAAAUCUUCUCCAAGAAAUUGAAAAGAUAAAUUCCGAACUCAGUUUUGCUCAGUUGAACAAUGUGUUCCAAUCCGAAACCGAUACCGCUUUAAGAGAUUUUGCUACCAGAAAAAUGGGCGAUGAUGAAAUAUCCAGAGAUCGUCGUGAAAAGCUUAAAAGUGAUCUAAACGCUUUGAAGGACUCAUUGGCCAAAACGUUGGAAUCAUAUACUCGUGCCCUGCAAUCUUAUAGCGAUUCAAUGCAUGGGUCUCUCAAUGGAGUUCAAUACUUCAGUCACGGUGAUUACGUUGGAGUUCAUCAAAACAAAAAGAACGCAGCAGUUAAUCAGUUCCAAUCGCAACCAGGAGACAAUGAAUACAAAUCUAUGAUUCAACGAAAACUUGAAGCGAAUAUCGAACAAAGACAGCUACAGUUUGCUGCAAUAAAUGAAGCAAAGCGGCAAAAUUUCCUUCAACGUGCAAAUGAUCACAGUGCCGCCUUAGUUAAAGAGUUGAAAGCAUCGUUCGAGAAUAGAGUGCGGGGUGGUAUUGGAGGAAGGUUUUUAAACGACAAUGAUUUCUUUGGGCUGCUUUCGAAUACAAAGAAUAGCAUUUUGCAAGAGUUUGAAUCAAGAAAAUUGGGUAAUGAUGAACUGUCUAAUCACGCUUAUCACAAUCAUCGUCCCGUACUCGAACGAGAAAUAGACAGCUUGCAAGCCGCACUGAAACAAGCUAAUGAAGCGAAUAGGCCACCACCACCGAAGAAACGACGUCCAUGGCAUAAGAGGAUCUUCGGAUAAUUUUAUUGCCCCAAUGUUUAUUGUUCAAGUGUUUUUUAAAUGAUUGAAGAAAAAUCGAUGUCAAUCAUGUUUUUUAGAUCAAUAUAAAUAAAAUUAUUUACCAAA